UUAGCUGGUUUAUAAAGAGACCAGAAGGCGACACAACACAGACUCCAGCUGGAAAAAGAGGAACAGAGGAGCAGUGCGAGCCCUCAGCGGGAUUAUGGGCCUGUGUUGCCUUCAGUUAAACACCAAACGGUCCUAAAUAGGGUGUUUCCAUGCGCCCUUAAAACGCUGAGAUCUGCUGUGCGUAACACUGGAUUGUAUUAAUGAUGGAUGACCUUUUAUCCUAACUUUUUAUUUGUUUAUUUUUUACUAGUAUGGAUUUCUAACAGUAAUUUUUUUGCCGGAAUACCAUUACCCACGUUUGGAGUAUUUUUACGCACAGCCCUCUUGUGUUCGGAUGCCUCUGCAAAUCAUUUCCCAAGUCUAUUGGGACUUUCUGCGCACUACAAUCCAGUUUAUCUGAUUUCUCAAGUGAAUCAUCGGUAUCACAUCUCGCUUCUGGCUGUACCCGUAAUAGCAACAGAUCACUUAACACAGACUGACACUGGUGCCUCCUGAACGGGGGUUGGUACAUGUUAUUUCUCCAUCUGUUGUGAAGAGUUUCUCAACUCUGGACGACAACAUAGUCUGCCACCUGAAAUGCUCCCUCUGUCCCCUCUGUUGCUCCUCGUUUUCCCCGCUGCGCUCUUUGUGGCCGCGCAAGGCGCCGGGGACCUCCAGGGUUUCACCUUCCGCGCUGGGAACGCAGGUUUCGACCCAACAGACCCCUGCAUGGUGGUGUCUCCACCAUGUAUGAGCGAGGCGGAUCGCUACAGCCUGGAGGCUCUGCGGAGCAUCCAUCACAUGAUGGAUGAUGACCAAGAUGGAGGGAUUGAGGUGGAGGAGAGUGUGGAGUUCAUCAUUGAAGACAUGAAGCAGCAGCAGACCAACAAACACAGCAACCUGCACAGAGAAGACCAGCACAUCACAAUUGAGGAGCUCUGGAGGGGCUGGAAGUCGUCUGAAGUACAUAAUUGGACUCAAGAUGAGGUGCUUCGCUGGCUGAAGGAGUUUGUUGAGUUGCCACAGUAUGAGAGGAAUUUUAAAGACUUUAGGGUCAAUGGAAACACACUCCCCAGGAUUGCAGCUAAUGAGCCUUCAUUCCUGAGUGGCCAUCUGAGGGUUCAGGACCAGAGAGACAAACAGAAGCUCAAUAUCAAAGCUCUGGAUGUCGUCCUGUUUGGACCACCUACACGUCCCCCUCACAACUACAUGAAGGACCUCCUGCUAAUUGUAUCAGUGGUGAUGGGAGUUGGAGGCUGUUGGUUUGCUCAGGCCCAAAACAAAGCCAGUAAAGUUCACAUAGGCAAGAUGAUGAAAGAUUUGGAAAGUCUGCAGAGGGCUGAACAGAGCCUCAUAGAGCUGCAGGAACAACUGGAGCGAGCCCAGGAAGAAAAACGAAAUGUUGCGGAGGAGAAACAGAAUCUCGAGGAGAAGAUGAGGGAUGAGAUCAUUGGGGCACAGGAGGAGGCUCACCGUCUGCACAAGCUGAGGCAGGGAGCUGUCAGUGAGCUCAGCCGCCUCCGAUAUGCAGAGGAAGAACUGGAGCAGGUUCUUGGAGCACUGAAGCAGGCAGAGGAGGAAAUGCAUGCUAGCUGGACUGCCUCAGAGGCCCUCCAGCAGUGGCUGCAGCUGACGCAUGAGGUAGAGGUCCAGUACUACAAUGUCAAGAAGCAGAGUGCUGUACUACAGCUUGUCUCUGCCAAGGAAGAGGCAGAGAGGAUCAAGAAGAAGAGAAGUUCUGUAUUGGGGACUCUCCAUGUUGCCCACAGCUCCUCUCUAGACCAAGUUGACCACAAAAUCCUGGAGGCAAAGAAUUCUCUGUCUGAAGUAACAGCCUGCCUUCGGGAACGCCUCCAUCGCUGGCAGCAGAUUGAGCGCCUCUGUGGGUUCCCCAUCAUUAGGAAUCCUGGCCUAGCAAACCUCACUGCUCAGCUCUACUCAGAUUCAGUUGCUCUUGGAUUGCCCCGAGUGCCCCAGCCUUCUUAUUCAUGCCACAGCUCCGUCCAUGGAUCUAUAGAGGAUCUGUUAGAAGAGUCUGCUUCUCCAAUCUUACCACAGAUGCCAGUUCCACCAAUGAAGCGCUCUCCUCAAACACGGGGAUCCACCUUAUGUCGGGCACGUCGUCCUGGCGUCAUUAAUCAGCCACAGGCUGGCAUAAUCUCCCAGGACCCAGACCUUCUCAUCCCCAUCCGAGCCCCAUACCCUUGCUUUGAUGAGGAAGAGGAGCUCUUCCUGAAAACUUUAAAGAAACAAGACUCCCAAGAGAUGUUUUCAGACACAGAAUAUUCGGCUUCACCUCCUCUCAGCAAAAUGUUCUCAUGUCCCACUGUUGACACUUCUUCUCAAAAGCUCUAUGAUGAUGAAACUGAGCUGCUUUCAGACAGCUCCAUUACAAGGCAUUUGAGUAAAGAAGCGGAAGCUGCGGUUGAAUCUCCAGUUCGCAAAAUUUCUGUACAAGAACUUGAAUCUUCAGUAGAUGUUUCCUGCAGGAUGAUGGCAAAAGAAAAAGUGCUGCAUAGUUCUCUUGAAAACCCUUCUCUGAAGAUGUCCAAAGAAGAACAGUCUUUCAUGGAGGCUACAUCAAGGAUGAUAUCCAGAGACAGGAGUGAAGUUCCCAUGAAUAUUGCAGUUAAAAAGGGGCAUUCCAAUGAGUUGGAUGCAGACUCUCCAGCCAGGAAAGUAGAGAGAGAUACAAUAGGGGAUUUGAUGGACAGUGCUUCAAGGAAUAUAUACAGAGAAAGAGGUGAUUUACCUCUGGAUGUGAGAAAGAUGCUUUGGAAUGAAUUAGAAGCAACAACAGAUGUGGCACAUAGGAAGAUAUCAAGAGAUAUGAUGGGGGCUUCAAUGGACACUGCCUCAAGAAGGAUGAUACGAGAUGAUGAGCGUCAGUUUGACUCAGUAUCAAUAAGGAUUGCAAGAGAUUCAAUGGGAAUGUCCCUAGACACAGGUUCUAGAAAGCCUCCAUGGAAUAAAGGAGAAUGCCAGCUUGAUUCCUCUAUGAGGGCAUUGGCAAUGGACAAAAUGGCUGAGACCACUAGAACACCACAAAGAAAGAUAUCUAGAGAUGAGCUGGAAUAUUGUACGGAUACUGCUUCUAUAAGGAUGCUACCCAGAGAGAAAUUUGAAGCACUAAUGGAUACCUCAUCCUCUACAGAGAAGCAAGAGUUUGGUUUAGACCCAUCAACAAGUAGGAGGAUACAGAGAGAUGAACUUGAAAUGUCUUCUGGUUCUCUCAGACGGAGAAUACCAAGAAUGCUAAGAGAUGAGAUGGACAGUUCCAUAGACACUCCCACAGGAAAAAUCCCCAGGGAUAGAGUUGAUCUUCCAAUGGAAAUACCUAAACAAUCAAUAAUGAGGGAGGAGUUGGGAUCAUCCGAAUCAAGUUCAUCUCCAGGUCGAAUUGGACAGCCAGACCUUAUGGUAACCUCACAGGGGUCAUGGAAGUCAUCAUCAGACUUUUAUGCUGUUGGUCCCUUGAGCCAGCUUGUGUACGAUGGAAUUCUUGAGAAGUCCUGCAACUCCAUGGCUACGACCGCAACCAGCCUCUCUGCCUCAACACCCAACCUUCCCCAGGGCAGGCUGCUAGCAGAGGUAGAGCCACAAAUGUCACCACCAAGGAUUCCCUUAUCAUCUCCUCCAUCACCCGGUGACAGGCACAAGAAUAAGGAAAAGAGCAAGAAAUCAUUAAAGCUUAAAAAUCUUUUUAAAAAGAAAAGUGAGUCAACUCCAGAUAAGCUUCAAAGUGGUCUUCAGAAACUCUGACAAUUAACUUUUUUUUAUUGAUAACAUUUUAUUGAAUACGAGAAAAGUAGUUAGACCUCAUUGAAGAAUUGAAGAUAUUUUUUAGUGAAAAGUUUUAGAAAGCAUAAUCUUACCAAAAGCUGGACAUUUACAGCCAGCGGUGUCUAGAAUGACAAAACAGAGUAAGAGAAACAAAAAACAUAUUAAUGUUUCCAUUCUUUGAGUUUGAUUUUAAAGGCACGGACAGAAUCACAAUACAUACUUGAAAGUCAAGAAAAUACAGUACAUUCGGACACAUAAGUUAGUUGCAUAAUGUGAGAUCAAUAUGACUGUCAGUCGAAAUAUUUGAAGUUGAUUUUUUUUAAUGUAUCUAAGUCUUAUGUAAACAUAUGGUUGAUACCAUAUUUUAUUUUAGAUGUAUUUUUUUUUAGACUUUAGUAGAAAACUAAUGUAUUCUUUUCUGAGAGAAAUGUAGCUUAAUUUAGGAAUGUCCCAAUCAUACCUCCCCCAUUCCCAAUUUGAGGCCUGUGGUAUUGAGUAUGAAACAGUCUAUCCUGAUAUUGUUGUUAUUUCUUCCAUACUCACAGCUUGUGCACAGUGUACACAUCAAAAUUUGUAAGACAAUUUAAAGGAUCUGAAAAACCUAUUUUGUCAAUAAGCUUCUGUGAAUAACACGGCCCUACAUUUAAACACUAUUUACUGCCAGAGUAAGAACACUCACUGGUUUUAACUGUGUGGGGGACAUCUGGAAAAAUAUGAUGUCACGUAUACCCAAGGGUUCAAUCAGGAUUUAGCAUUUCACAUUUACAUCAGAAUCUGAGAACAGUUGUGGGUAGUUUGAUCCUAAAGUGAUUAAACAACACCUACACAGCCUUGAUGAAGCAGAUUGGAGUUUUUAGGCUCAGACUCUUAAUAAAUAAUACCUAAGGAUUUUUUUUUUGCUUAACUUUAUAUUUGGGAGCUGCUUACUUUGUCUAGACUAUUAAUUGUUACUAAGGAUUGAUUUAGGAUUUGAAACCAAGUUUUCAGGGGCCUUAAAUAUGUGUGACAGUUUAAUAGGUCUGCACUAGGAAAAUAUAGCCUGUCCAAUAAUGUUUUGUAUAUUCAUGUAGAGGUGUGUCAGAGUGGAUCUAUUGUAGCAGGAAGCUUCAGAUCUAAAUUUCUAGAACUAUUAAAAGUUCAAAUGCCAUUUUUAAACAUCAGCACUUUUAAGAUGUUGCUGAAGUAGACACAAUAUAUAUAUAAAUGACCGUGUUCCCUGAUUCACAUGUUUCGUAACUGAGACUGCUAGCUACUUUCUAUUUAUAUUGUGCACUCUACCAUUCACAUGUCGGUACCUCGAUCACAGCUGUGGGCAUUUUUAACACAAGGAACAAACAAAUAACCCACAGGUUUGGAAAUGUGUUAAACUUAAUAUAGCCAAUAUUGAUCCAUUUAAAAAAGGAUCUGUCCUGAUCUUGAUCCUAUGGAUCGGGACAUCCCAAGUUUAAUAAAAAACUUAUUGCCAAAUGCUCAUGAACAGUUUGUUUGCAAACUGUUUUUUAUUUAUUUAUUUAUGGGGAAAUAAGAAGUGUUUGCAUUUAAAUGCAUAUUUUGAAUGCUUGAAUUGUUGAUGUUUGUGGAGGAUUUACUUAUAUUGUUUACAGGCAUACUGUCAGUACCUUAAGUAGUUUAUUUGAAUUAAAAUAAUUCAGAAGUUUUUACUUGAUUUAAAAAAUUGCUUAUUGGGAUUUUUUCACGUGAUUAAUGUAUUUGUUUCAGUGUUAAGUAAGGAAUCUAUGGCUAAAAUGUUUUCCCUUGUCUUAGACAAGAACAAGCACUGAGUGAUACAAUGAAUGUAAUAUUAACUGAUGAUAUAGGAAAAUAAACAUGGUGAAGUUUUGAAAAAGGAAAUAUUGUGCAGUGUUCUACAAUAAAGAACUUAACAUUGACAACAUAAAUUCUCUCAAUCCUUUGUGAAAGAAACUUAAAACUUAAAAAACUCUUGAAUAUGAUCUGAAUGCAUUAUAAAUUAUCCCGUGUAUGAUAUAUGAUUUAUAGCCUGCAAUAAUGCAAAACUAAAUGCAAAAAUGGCAAGAAUUAGUUAGAAUAAGUUAGAAAUAGGCUACCACAAAACACUUACCACAGUCAAAUGAUAAAUCUUGUUUUUAAGGUUCUCCAGCACUAAAAGGGGUGGCUGGCAUUUUAUUAUAAUGCCUUUACUCAAGCAGGCUAUAUCCCAAUAUAAAUCCCAGCAGCCACCUUUCCUCUCCUCGCAGUUAAUGUUUGAGGGUUACUGUCCUAUCUGAAGUUUGAGAUGAAUUGAACCUUCCUGUACAGUAAUUAAACUUGAUGGGUAAUGUUCUUACAUUUAAAAAGAACUGAUUUAGAGCCCUUAAAUAUUCAAUAAGCAGUGCUGACUAAGACAUCUUUCAUAUACCAUAUAUUUCUUAUUUAAAAUAACAUAAGCAGUUAUUUUUAAGUUAAUGAGUAACAUUUAGAAGAAGCCCAUUACAAAUUGCAUUUCAUUAAUUAGGUUGUCACAAAUAACACAAUAAUGUGGUUUGGACUGUUGGAGUCUCCGCUACGGGUGUUUACGCAGCAUGUCCACUAGAGGUCAGGAGAGUUGCCAACUGCAGCUUCAAUCUACAGUCAUAUGAGGGGCUGUCUGUCACUUUGGGUUUCCUGUAAGCUUUACUGAUCACAUAAAGCACAUGGUGUGGUUGGAAUUAGCUUCAUUGUGCACUCUGUUAUCCUUCUGUAACUUUUUGGAAUCAUAGCAUAAAUAGAUAAAGAGCAGAAAUAUGUAAAAAAAAAGAACAAGCAUUUAUAACCACUGUGGUUCAUGUUGUUAACAGUGUGGACACUGUUCACAUUAAAGGUUAUCUGUUGCCUGCUUUCAGAUUUGAUCAGCAGUGAGUAAGUCAUUCACCCACAUUAUUCUUUCCUGAUAAAAUGUCUGUUAAUGGAUUUAUGGUCAAUAAAGCUUUUUCUCCUGA